AUGCUCGCCUGGUACGAUGAUAUCAACAGCCUUAUCAACAAGACUGGCGAGGAGCGUAACCAAUUUGUAACCCGCCACAAACGUAGCUUGAGCACUGGCAGCGCCCGUUCAGUCAGCUCAGACGGAGGCCUAGAAGAAGACGAAGCGGACCGCGUUCCUUUCUCUGCAGCCCAAUCAAUCCAGCACCAAGCCGUUGCGCAGGAGUCCGAGCUUCCGUCUCGACCGAGUCCAGGUGGGCGAUUCCCAAGUGAUCUCCAGGUCGACCGAAGCUUACAGGCACGUGGCCCAUCCAGUGGCAGCUCAUCGGAAGUCGGGCUUGAUUUAGCGACCGCAGCCGGAGGCCCUCAGACAGCGCAUGCUAGUUAUCCAAACGCAUACGACGACCGCACCCCUUAUGAUGCCGCGUACGGUCCGGGCAAUCCCUACGAGUACCACCCGGACAAUCCGCCCCAACAGCUCCAGCAGCAGACCUCAUACUAUGCGAACAACUUACCGGCAACGCCAGGCCAGAACUUUGCGAAUAGUCAACCUACCGCUCCAUCUGCCGUCCAACCCGUACCGUUCGAAGCCUACCAACCUUCAGCGCCCGCCCAGGCACCUGCAUCUCAGCAACAACCCCAACAGCAAUACCCAACAUUCGGUCAAGGCCAGCGCCACGCUAGCAACUACGGCGACUGGAUGGCUCCUACAGCAGCGGGUGCAGGAGGCCUCGCCGCAGGAGGCCUCGGCGCAGAAGCACUUCACCGUCACCGCCAGAACCAAGAUCAAGACGAUCAGACAAACGCCGCGCUCGCCGGUGCUGGCGUCGACGGUCGCGCUGGACCAACUGCCUCCCAAGACUACGCGUCGCACCCAGCCUCGCAGAUCGUCUCCCAGCACGAGAACGCCGCCCUUGUAGGCGGCGUAGUCCCUAUCCCCGUCCCUCCCCAUUCCGGCCACGACCGCGCCGAUGGAGCCCAGGCGCCCUCAGUCGCGCACGAAGCCGUCGUUGGCGUGCCAGCCCCUGUGGUCGCGACGGCAGACCGCCUCCCAGAGUGGAGCGCGCGCGAGUUUCCGCAGGCUACGCCAGCGUUGGCCGCGGCUGAAGAGGGAAAUCAGUUGGGCAAUUUUCAGGGCAAUGGCGAGCCUGUGAGCCACAUGGCCCCCCCGGGCGUGAAGAGGCAGAAUACGGAUUUUAGUGUUAGUGAUCUGCAUGUGCCGGGGGAGUACCCGAAGCAGAGGGGCGUGUAA